AUGCCGUGCCAUUUGGAUACGGACUUGUUAACAUUGGCUGUCCAACUGGCACGACGGGAUGUUGCACGAAUUCGCGAUCCGUCGAAUUUGAUUGCCCUACAACAACAACAACAGCAAUUAUUGACUGAACUACCAGAAAGCUCUCAUCUUGUUACUACCCGAACACAUGCACCAUUCACGGAACAGCCGAUCAGUACUGUCCAAUUUGCAGUUCUCUUCACACCUACCCCGCUGACUCUCCCGAUCGCGUUUGUAUUCACUCUGUUGCUUCAGCGUCAUGUUCAAGUUCCCGGAGCAGUUGCGAUGAGCCAGCCAAUCACAUCGAAUGAACGUAAAUGGCGUUCUGUCGGGUCUCGUAAAGUCGAUGUAGCUGCUCAUUCAAAUAGUCCUGGACCAGUGGAUGGUUUACCUGUCCGAAGUCUUUCGCCGCCAACGCGAGACAUAGAUCAGCCGAAACCUGUUCGUGCAAAAGCAUUGCAUGAACCGACAGAGAAACAAUUACAGAGUGCUCGGGACUCCCACAUGCGCCAACUGCAAGCGAAAAUCGCACGUUACUCAGCCGCUAUGGCUGAACUUCGUUUGCAAACCAAAGCAGCAACGGCAGAGAAGAAGAGUAGUCCCAGAGACGGAGGCUCAGUUACUCAAUAUUCCGGUCUGACUCGUGGUCGUGGACGAGGGCGCUCUCUAAGUGGUAGAGUCCAACAAGGUAGCCGGUCUGGGUCACGUUCAGCCCUCAUUCGUCAUGAUGUUGUGCCUCUGAGUAAACGCUCACGUCCCACCCAAUCGGCUCGGAGACAGAGAACAAAGCCAUCAAGUCCCAUUCACACGGAUUCCGAGAUGUCUACGGAUCACACGGGGACAGAUUCGAUUACGAAACGCAUGCAUGAACAGGUCAAUACAUUGUGGCAACAAACAGUUCAGGCACUUCGUCAUCGAAAUCCCGAUUUGAUCGUGCUUGAGCCAGAUAGCCAAAUGGAUGCCAUCCCUCUAAAUAAUCCACAUGUCAUACCUUUGGAACACGUUGCAUCUGUGGGGUCAGAACUCGCUGGUGGUGUGCAUCGAACUGGUGCUCCGGGCGCAGAUCGCAUCCCCUUGCGUUUGCCAACCGAUCUUCAUUGUGCUCUUCUUAGGGAUGCGCACAAAGUGCAACAGCUAAAGGCUGAUUAUUGGAAGAAACGUGGUCUGCUCACCUCUGGCGGAGCGGCAAACCUCCAUUUAGUUCGAGUGUGUGAGUCGAUUGCAGAUGAACUGCUCGAUCGAGCGAUCAGUGAUGUGGCAGAAGAUUUGGAGCGUGAGGUUUCUUGUUUCGUUGAUGCUGUUGUCGACGGUGAACUCUAUUCGGAUGCUCCAGAUUCGUUUUCUCUCACCAACCAAACCACAGAUUGCCAGUCGUCUGUCACCAACUUCAAUUCAAGGCCAGAAAGUAGCACCCGGGCAUCGGGUUCCUUGGGUUCCAUAGACCGCUUAUCUACCUUAUCGUCUUCUCACAGAACGUUGGAAAAUGCUUUCUCACUCAGCAGUCAUUUACAUGAUGAGUCAAAACAAAAUCGGUUUGCUGGUACCAGUCCGAGUGCAACGGAAUCUCAUUCCACCUGUGCCAAAGAACCAUCGUAUACAUUUCAAUUUGAUCAAGUGACUGGAAGUGCGGAAAACUUAUCCCGGUCUUCACCCACACUUCUGGCCAAUCUUAUAAUCCGAUCGAAUGAAGUUGAUGACUCUGACGCGUCGAAUGAUGUUGAGUGCAGUGAUCCUUAA